AUGGUAGCGGAGCGGGUGCGCGGGCCGAACCGCCACCCCCCAGCCGCCACGUCCGAGUGGUGGGGCUGGUGGGACUGGGACUCCGACUGGAGUACCCAGUGGGACUGGAGGACCUCCCAAGAGGAGGAGGCCUCUUCCAGCCAGGCACCACAAGGUGCCAAAGGGAGCGGAGCAGCCGAAGCUCCAGCUCGACCGCGCCGCCCUCUCAUAGGCGAGCGCACCGCAGCCCCAGGCGAAGACCGGGGCAGACCAGCCCAAAGGGCAGCCGAGCCUGAAAAGGGCAAAGGCAAAACCGGCCCGAGUGUGGGCCCCCCCGCCUCGGAGUCGGGAAGCCGAACCCCCCGUCGCGGGGAAAAGGGAGCAGCAGGGAAGCCCACCAAGGGCAACAAGCCUGCCAAAGGAGCUGCGCAGCCCGCCAAGGGCAAGGCAGCCCAGUCCAAGGGAGCAGAGCAGCCCGCAAAGGGCAAGCCAGCUCCAGCAGGCAAGUCCGGCAAGGGGAAGCCUGCGACCCAGGAGCCUGCCCAAGCUUCUGGGAAGAAGAAGAACCACCGAGGUGGUCGUUCGCAAGCGGCCCGCGCAAACCGCGAGGCCCGAGGCGCCGAAAGGCGCGAAAGAGAGGGUACGGACCCGGUCGUCCUCGUAGAGGGCCCGGGGACCGAUAUCCCAGAGCCGCGCACUCCGGAGGAAAUCCCCGCAGGCGCCGGCCAGGAGGUGCAGAGCCCCAGCAGCUCAGAAUCCUCCUUGGACACCGCACCGCCCAAGGUGCCUGUCUUCACGGGCCCUGAAGAGCCGGCAGAGCGGGCUGCCCCGCCUGCCUCCGUAGAGGCGGCCGCAAAGCCAGCCGAGGAGGCAAAGCCCGAAGCCUCGCCAAAGGCUGCGCCCAAAGCAGCCAAGGAAGCCGAGGCGAAGGAAGAGAGCUCUGGAAGCCCCAGCUCCGACGCUGGGCAGGAGCAAGCAGCCCCGGCGAGUGGACCCAGAGGCCACCCGGAGGCAAAGCCGGAGGCCAAGCCAAAAGGCGCUCCAGCAGCCAAGGCUCCAACGGUGAAAGCUUCGCUGGGGCCACCGCCUCGGAGGAACCGAAGGCCGCACAGCCAGCCCGGCCGAGGGCAGUGA